AUGGCCGACGGCGACGAGCCCCCACAGCGUGUCGAGAUUGAGGCUGGCGGCGACACGUCGGCCGCCACCUUCACCCUGCACAAUGAGGACCACACGAUCGGCAACUCGCUCCGCUACGUCCUCAACAAGGACCCGCAGGUCUCGUUCGUUGGCUACUCGGUCCCGCACCCCUCCGAGCCGAAGAUGAACCUGCGCAUCCAGACUGUCGGACCAUCCGCGACAACCGUGCUGCACGGCGCCCUCGGCACCCUCUACGAGAUUACAGCGCACACAAAGGAGACCUUUGAGCGCGCCCUCGAAGACUUCAAGGCGAAGCAAGAGAGAUAG